AAGCGGAGCAAACAGGCACUUCUGCUCUGUCCUGCGCAGCCUCAGACGCGCGUUGAUAAUACUUCAGCGCGUCUCCACUGCACGCUGUAGUUCCUAAUUUUAUUCUAACUUUUACAUUUUUUGAAAACUUCUUAGCUGUCGGUUCGGCGGGGAAGGACCGGGCGCAGGUGAAGAUGGCGAGAGCACCGACACGCGGGACGUCGUCCUCGCCCGGUGGCACCGCUCCGCGCGCGCUGCUGCUCUUGCUGCUCCGCGUUUGCGGCGCGAGUGCGCAGGAGUUUCCGAGCAGCGGCGUUAACGGGUUCAGCCUGCAUCCGCCCUACUUCAAUUUAGCGGAGGGCACGAGGAUUGCCGCCACGGCCACCUGCGGGGAAGACGAGCACGGGCGGCCGAUCCAGGACCUGUACUGCAAACUGGUCGGGGGGCCCGUGUUGGGAGAUCCGAGCCAGACGAUUCAGGGUCAGUACUGUGACACGUGCGACAGAGCAGACAGCAACAGAGCCCACCCGAUCACCAACGCCAUCGACGGCACCGAGAGGUGGUGGCAAAGCCCGCCGUUGUCACGGAGCGCAGAGUACAACCAGGUCAACGUCACCCUCGAUCUGGGACAGCUCUUCCACGUGGCCUAUGUGCUUGUCAAGUUCGCCAACUCUCCGCGGCCCGACCUGUGGGUUCUGGAGCACUCCAUCGACUUUGGGAAGACCUACCAACCCUGGCAGUUCUUCGCCUCCUCCAAGAGAGACUGCAUCGAGCGGUUUGGCCAGAGGACCAUCGAGCGCAUCAACCAUGACGAUGACAUCAUCUGCUCGACAGAGUACUCACGAAUAGUUCCUCUGGAAAACGGAGAGAUCGUGGUGUCCCUGGUGAACGGCCGACCCGGAGCCAUGAACUUCUCGUACUCGCCCGUGCUGAGGGAGUUCACCAAGGCCACCAACAUCCGCUUGCGCUUUCUACGUACCAACACCCUGCUGGGCCACUUGAUGGGAAAAGCCCUGAGAGACCCCACCGUGACCCGCCGGUAUUACUAUAGCAUCAAAGACAUCAGCAUCGGGGGGAGGUGUGUGUGCAACGGCCAUGCAGAAGCCUGCAACGCCCAGGAUCCCAGUGACCCCUACAAGCUCCAGUGUGACUGCCAGCACAACACUUGCGGCCCGUCGUGUGACCGCUGUUGCCCUGGAUUCAACCAGUUGCCGUGGCAAGCGGCGACUACUUACAGCGCCAACGAGUGCGAACCGUGUAACUGCCACGGGCACGCCUUCGACUGCUACUACGACCCCGAGGUGGAGCAGAAGAGGGCCAGCCUGAGUGUGCAGGGGGAAUACAGGGGUGGAGGAGUGUGUGUGGAGUGCCAGCACCACACCACAGGCGUCAACUGCGAGCACUGCAUGCCGGGCUACCACAGGUCACGUGACCACCCGCUGGAGUCGCCGCUGGCAUGCUCACAGUGCGAGUGUGACUCCGAGUUCACCGACGGAACGUGCGAGGACCUGACAGGCCGCUGCUACUGCAGGCCCAACUACACUGGCAACAUCUGUGACUCCUGCGCAGAGGGAUACGAGAAUUUCCCUGCCUGCUACCCAGCCAUUCCCUCCUUUCCCCCUAAUUACAACGGAGAGGCUAAACCUGCCGGAGAGAUCAUAAACUGUGAGUGCAAUGCAGCGGGUACAGAGGGCAACUCUUGCCGUCCUGACCCGCACACGCGUACGUGUGUGUGUAAGGCUGGCUUCACAGGACAGCACUGUGACACAUGUGAUCCUGGUUACUACAGCCUCAACUGCUACCGUUGCCAGUGCUCCGGCCCGGGUUCCCAGGAGGGCCAGUGUGACAUGCUAACAGGACAGUGUGCGUGUAGGAGCGGAUUUCAGGGCUACGCGUGUGAUCAGUGUGCACCCGGCUACUUCAACUAUCCUCUGUGCCAGAUUUGUGGCUGUAGUUCUGUAGGCUCUGUGUCUAGCAGCUGUGACUCUAUUGGUCAGUGCGUGUGUCGGCCAGAGUUCACUGGUCCUCGGUGUGAGCAGUGUCAUUCUGGCUUUCACUCGUAUCCCAACUGCCAAGAGUGCACCUGCGACCCACGGACCUCUCUAGACUCGAGCUGCAGCGCGGCAGGGCACUGCCGCUGCAAACCCAGUUACAGCGGCCCGCGGUGCGAGGCCUGCGCUCCCGGCUACUACGGCUACCCAAGCUGCUCCUCGUGUCAGUGCUCAGCGGAGGGCUCUCGUUUCGAUGCGUGUGACCGGGUCUCGGGACAGUGUGCUUGCCUGCCCAAUGUCGCGGGUCAGCGCUGCGACACGUGCAGCCGCGGAUCGUACGGCUUCCCCCACUGCCAUGCGGACACCUGUCACCCCGUCGGCUCCGUACAGAACGCGAUCCUCCCCGCGCCGGGCUCCUGUGAGUGCAAACCUCACGUGGAGGGCGUGGCCUGUGAUGAAUGCAAGCCCCUGUACUGGAACCUGUCCCCUGACGCUGCGCAUGGCUGCCUGGGGUGUGAGUGCAACACGGCAGGGACGCUGAGCGAGGUGGCCGAGUGCGCACAGAGCAACGGCCAGUGCUACUGCAAACCCAACGUGUGCAGCGGAACGUGCGCGUUUUGCAAAGACGGAUACUUCAACCUGCACAAGCACAGCUACUUUGGGUGCCGGGGUUGCCAGUGUGAUAUCGGCGGCUCUGUGUCUCUGUCCUGUGAGGAAAGAAGCGGCAGGUGCCAGUGCAGGCCCAACGUGGAGGGACCCAAAUGCAACCAGCCGCGUCCGGACCACUACUUCCCGGACCUGCACCACCUGAAGUUCGAGGUGGAGGACGGCACCGUGCCGGACGGCCGGUUGGUGCGCUUCGGCUACAACCCGCUGGAGUUCGAGGGCUUCAGUUGGAGAGGCUACGCCCAGAUGUCCCCCAUUCAGCCGCGGGUGCUAGUCGAGGUGGUCCUCGGCUCUCCGGACCUGUACCGCGUGCUGUUGCGCUACGUUAACCGCGGCGGCGUCAGCGUCCAGGGGCGCGUCUCCGUGGUGGACGCCAGCAGGCACUUCCUGUGCGGGAACUGCUCCGAGCAGUCCAAGCAGAUUGUCUUUGCCCCCAGCUCAAAGCCCACGUUCCUCACCGUUCCUCAGAACAGCUUUGUGGAGCCGUUUGUCCUAAACCCCGGCACGUGGACGGUGGUCGUCGAGGCCGAGGGCGUCCUCCUGGAUUAUCUAGUACUUUUGCCCAGUGCGUACUACGAAGCUCCCAUUCUGCAGCUGAAAGUGACUGAGCCCUGUACAUACAGCAGCGCCCAGGAGCACAACCAGAACUGCUUGCUGUAUACGUACCUCUCCCUGGAGGGCUUCCCGUCAUUCCCUGGUGAUGGUGCCAGCUGCCGGGCAGACAACCAUCUGCCCAGGCCGUGCCACGUGGAGAAGCUGACGCCACACCACCCCAGCAUGGCCGUGUGCGGCGGCAGCGAUAUGAGCGUGCACCUGCAUGGUCAGGUGCCCAUGCCAGGCGGGUACGUGCUAGUGGUGGAGUACGCCAGUGAAGACGAGGCCCCACAAACCCUCACCGUUUCCGUGAACGGUCACCAGCGGCAACUCACCCUGCUGCACUGCAGAUACAGUUUCCUGUGCCGUGCGGUAUCUGUAGAUGAUAUGAGACGCGUGGCUGUCUUCCCUCUCUCCUCGGAGGCUGACGUGCAGAUCACUGCAGACACCGGCAGCUUCUUCCUGCACAAAGUGUUCCUGAUCCCUCACACUCAGUUCACGCUGGAGUACCUGAGUCCCAGAAUGCACUGCAUCAACACCCACGGGCGCUUCGCCCCUGAGAGUGGUUCCUGCAUCCCCUCGCGGUUCCAGACUCCGGUGCAGUCUCUGGUCUUGAAGGAGGGGCAGGCUUCCUCGGUGCCAGAGGCGGUCCUAGCCGAGCCGCCGCGCCCCUCUCCUGCCGACCCCGCUCAAUGGCUCAUCCGGGACACGCCCCCGACUGCUGUCGACAGUGGGGAGCACAUCCGCAUGGAUUCCUCUCAGAACGCGGUGAUGUACUCCACGAGCGUGCACGUGCCAGGCCGCUAUGCCAUCCUCGUGCACUACCACCAGCCGCUGCACCCCACCUUCGCCAUGCACAUCUACGUCAACGGGGGACGCAUCUGGCAGGGCCAGGCCAACGCCACCUUCUGCCCCCAUGGCUACGGCUGCCGCAGCGUUCUGGUCUCGGAGAACCGGUUCCUUCUGGAUGUGACAGACCACGAGAUCGUCGUGACCGUGCGCGUCCCGGACGGGAUGACACUGUGGCUGGACUAUAUCCUAGUGGUACCAGAAGGCAGCUACAGCUCCAGUGUCCUGUCUGAAGAGCCACUGGACAAAUCUUACGACUUCAUUAGCCACUGUGGACAGGACAGUUUCCACAUAAACUCAGCGACGGCGCCCGCCUUCUGCCGGAGCUCCGCCUCCUCCCUGUCGGCCUUCUUCAACAACGGUGCCGUGCCGUGCGGCUGCCAUGAGGCGGGCUCGGAGCGUGACACAUGCCAGCCCUUCGGAGGCCAGUGCCCCUGCCGGCCCAACGUGAUUGGCCGGGACUGCUCGCAGUGUGCCACCGGUUACUAUGGCUUCCCCAGCUGCAGACCGUGCAACUGCGGCACGCGGCUGUGCGAGCCCGUGACCGGCGAUUGCAUCUGCCCCCCGCGCACGCUGACCCCCGAGUGCGUGCAGUGCGAGCCCCAGACCUUCGGCUGCCACCCGCUGGUGGGCUGCGAGAUCUGCAACUGCUCACGGCCCGGCGUCACCGCCCACGACUUCAACUGCGACACGCACAGCGGCCAGUGCAGGUGCAAGGCGAACAUCGUUGGCCGGCAGUGUGACCGCUGCGCCCCGGGCUUCUACGGCUACCCCAGGUGCAGGCCAUGUGACUGCAACGAGGCGGGAAGUGAGAAGUGUGACCCUUCCACGGGGCAGUGUCUGUGCAAGGAAAACGUGGAGGGCUCGCGGUGUGACCAGUGCCGGCUGGGGACCUUCUACCUGGACGGUGCCAACCCCAAAGGCUGCAACAAAUGCUUCUGCUUUGGCGCUACGGACCGCUGCCGUAGCUCAGACAAACGUAGGGCCGAGAUUAUGGACAUGGCAGGCUGGGCGCUCCUGAGAGGGGACAGGCAGGAGGUGCCCCUGUCCGUCAACCUGGAGGAGGAUGCGGUGGAGGCCGACCUCAGAGACAUCCCGGACGUUUACCAGGACCUGUACUGGCACGCCCCACGCGCCUACCUGGGCGACAAGGUGUUGUCGUACGGAGGUUACCUGCGCUACCAGCUGCACACCCAGACAAUGCGGGGGGAUUCUCUCUCCCUGCCCUCCGAGGCCCCGCGGCCUGAUGUCAUCCUAAAGGGAAACCAGAUGACACUCGUGUACAUGGAGCGCGCGUAUCCCUCCCCGGACGAGCCUCACGAAGGAGCGCUCCACCUAGUGGAGGGGAGCUUCCGGCACGCUCAGACCGGGAACGCUGUGUCGCGGGAGGAGUUAAUGAUGGUGCUGGUGGCACUAGAAUCGCUGCAGGUGCGAGCGCGGCACGCCCAGUCGGCCCAGGCUGUGGAGCUGCGCGCCGCCAAACUGGGGGAGGCCGGACGCCACGCCAACAGCGUGGAGAUCUGUAUGUGCCCGGCCAGCUACCAGGGCGACUCCUGCCAGCAAUGCGCUCCUGGUUACUACAGAGACACUAAGGGGCUGUUCCUGGGCAAGUGUGUGCCGUGUAACUGUAACGGCCACUCGGAUCAGUGUCUGGACGGAUCUGGCGUCUGUGUGAACUGCCGCCACAACACAGCCGGGGACCACUGCGAGCAGUGCCUGGCAGGUUACCAUGGCGACAUCAAGGUGGCCGGCCAUGCUGUGUCCUGCACUGGCUGCCCCUGCCCGCUGCAAGUGGCAUCCAACAACUUCGCGGUGGGCUGUGUGGAGAAGACCAACCACAUGCAGUGUCUGUGCAUGCCGGGCUACGCCGGGCCCAAGUGUGAGAGGUGUGCCCCGGGUUACUACGGCAACCCCAUGGUGAUUGGCAGCACGUGCCAGCCGUGCGACUGCAGUGGCAACUCGGACCCCAACCUGCUGUUCAGCGAAUGCCACCCGCUGACGGGUGAGUGCCAGGGCUGUAUGCCAGGCACAGCGGGGCCGCACUGCGAAGCCUGCGCCCCCGGGUUCUACGGCGACGCCCUCGUCGCCAAGAACUGCACCGGGUGCAGCUGCUCCCCGUGCGGCACGGCCUCGUGCAACCCUCAGACGGGUCAAUGCCACUGUAAACCUGGAGUGACUGGCGUGCACUGUGACCACUGCGAGUAUGGCAUGUUUGGCAUGGAGUCGUGCGCAGGCUGCCGUCCGUGCGAGUGUGAGGCAGCGGCUGCACUGGUUCAGCCGUGCGACCCGCUCACCGGCUCCUGUGUGUGUCAGCUUGGUGUGGAUGGACCCCACUGCCGCCAGUGCGCACCGGGAUUCUGGGGUUACAGUUCUAACGGCUGUCAGAGAUGUGACUGUAAAGGAGGACACUGUGAUCCACGCAGUGGUGCAUGCCGCUGUCCGCAGGGUCUGACAGGCAGGCAGUGUGAUCGAUGUGCUGACGAGUAUAGUGUGCCUGUCACUAAUGGGGCGGAUAUCCACUGUGAACGGUGUGACGGAUGUGUAGUUGUGCUGCUACGUGAUCUGGAUGCUCUGAACCUGACCAUCCAGUCUGUGGACAUGCAGCUAAAUAAUGUGAGCGCCAGCGCCCUCGUCUGGACACAGCUGCACAACCUGAACGCCACUAUAGAGGACGUAGCUAACUCCGUGAUGAACUACAAUAGCACUCUGGACGGGAGCUGGCAGCAGGCAGUGAUGCUGGAGAGAGAGAUGGAGACCAUCACCUCCGACGUCACGGAGCUGGAAGAGAAGGCUUCAGCGACAGCGAUGAAGGGAGACAAGCUGACGAACCUCACCGUCGCCACAUGGCAGAGGGCACAAGACCUGCUGAACUUCGUCAACACCAGCACCAGAGACAUAGAAGAGCUGCUAGAGCAGGCGAGGAGAACGGUGCAGAACGGCUCACAUGAGGUGGACGGGCAGAUUUUGGCGCAGAAACUGGCGGAGGUGCUGUCCAUGCUGAGGGACAUGCGUGUCAGGACCACCGGAGCUCAGAGGGGGCUGGCUGAGAAUGAGCUGGCCCUGGCCAACCAGUUGGUGGAGCGGGUGGAGGCAGAGAUGGCCAACCGGACGGGUGUCAACACGGCCACGCUGCAGGCCGUCGGCGACAAGCUGCAGCAGAUCCAGGAGCAGCUGAUGGAGCUGAGAGAUGCACUGAACGAGGCCGUGAGCAGGAUGGGGCUCGCCGCAGAGAAGAGCAGCACCAAUCAGAGACUCCUGGAGGAGAACCGACAAAAGGUGAAUGACCUGAGGUCAAAGCAGAAGGAGGUGGAGGUCACAGUGCAGAUGGCUGAUGAUGACAUCACAAGGGUCAACGACAUGAUCUCCAUGCUGCAGGACUCCAAAGAGGACUACGAGCGUCUGGCCGCUCAGCUGGACGGCGCCAGGCAGCCUUUGGUCGCGAAGGCCCAGGCGUUUGCCUCCUCGGGUUCCAAGGCUCCCCUGGUGGAGGCCGCCGAGGAGCACGCUGCGCUCCUUGACCAGCUCGCCACCAACCUCUCCAGCCUCAUCGCCGACACCAACCAGGACGAGUUCAUCCAGCGCGCGCUGAACGCGUCGCGGGCCUACACCAACAUCGUGCAGAGCAUGCUGGAGGCCGAGGCCGCUGCCCGGGAGGCCAACGCCACGGCCGCGGGAGCCCUGGAGGCCGUCCAGGGGCAGGACGUUCCACGGCAGGCCCGAACUCUGAGGAACCGGAGCGCCGAGCUGGAGGACAGGGCAGAGAGACUGAAGAAGGAGCUGGACGAAGGGGUUACGGCGCAGCUGCAGGACAUCGAGAGGCGGCUGCGCGCCGCCACAGAGAAGAAGGACGCUCUGCAGAAGGACGUUAUGGCCGCGGUGCAGAGCUACCUGGACUCCAGCCGAGGGAACACGACAGAAGAGCUGCAGGCAGCUAAGCGCGCAGUGGAGGAGGCCAACAGCACAGCGCUGGAUGUGUUGGACACGCUGGCACCCAUUGCCCAGCAGCUGGAGGAGUGGAGCAGGCUCUACAGCUCCUCCAACACCUCCACCCAGGAGCUCAGCGACGCGCUCACACAGGCCAACAAGUCAGUGGGCGCUCUCAGUGAGACCAUCCCUGUGCUGAUGUCAAGUCUGAACAGCUGGCAGAAGCGCGCCCUCUCCCUCACCACACCCAACAUCUCGCAGAGCAUCCUCAGAGUCCGCCAGCUCAUCGCAGAGGCCCGCAAGGCUGCCAGCAAGGUGAGCGUGUCGAUGAAGUUUAAUGGCAGCUCCGUGGUGAAGGUGCGCACUCCCAGCAGUCUGAGUGACCUGGCCAGCUACACCUCCUUCAAGUUUCACAUCCUGCUGCCAUCGCAGACCACCAAGCGCAGACGCCGGCAGCCGAAUGAAGCCCCCGCCGCCCAGUUUGUCUUCUACCUGGGCAACAAGAACUCCAGUAAGGAGUUCAUGGGGAUGGUUGUGGAAGGAGCUCGUCUCCGCUGGCUCUUUAACGUGGGAGAUAAGACCGCCCAGGACGUGAUGAAGGACGACCUGCGCUCCGAUGUCUUUCACAGCCUCUUCCUGGAGCGGAUACUGCAGUAUGGCCAGAUGUCCAUUACUGUAAACGAGAAGACUGUGAAGCAGAAUGUGACAGCAGAAGGGGAACAUGGCCUACUGAACCUGCCCACUGAGGAGACCGUCUUCUAUGUUGGCGGUUAUCCCAGCAACUUCACGCCUCCCGCUGGGAUGCAGCUUCCCGGUUUCCAAGGCUGCAUCGAGCUGGAGAGUCUGAAUGAGGAGGUGAUCAGCCUCUAUAACUUUGAGAGGUCCAUCAACCUCAACACCACUGUGGACGUUCCUUGCCCUCGAUCUAAACCAACACUGACCCAGCAGUGGGUGGACGACGCGGCGUAUUUCGACGGGACGGGUUACGCUGAGAUCACCCCUAACACGUUUUGUGGGAACACGAUCCGCUUUGAACAGGACAUCAAGCUCAUCUCCCAGGACGGAAUUCUGCUCCUGCUCCGUAACGAGACCAAGUUUGUGUGCGUGGCCGUGCUCAGGGGUCGCCUCCGGCUGUUCUACAACUUCAAUGGGACCCUGGUGGAAGAGAACAAGAGCACUCAGGAUGACAAGCUGCUCGUCAGCGACGGCACCUCCAAAGACGUGGAGCUCCUAAUUCUCACCAGCCGCGGCCUCCUGAUGCUGAGGCGAGAGCGGACCGUGCUGUACCAGGUCACCGUAUCCGCCGUGCCCUGCUUCACAGGGAACUAUUUCUUGGGUGGUGUCCCUGAGGACCAGAUACCUGAGAGUCUCAAGCCUCUGUUUCCUAAGCAGGGCUCUGUAAAGGGCUGCUUUAGGAAUAUUAAGGCCAUGAGCAGUCACAUAGACCUGAAGAGCAUGAAGACGUCAGGGGUCAGCUAUGGGUGUCCCAACGACCUGCUGGUGGCCCGAGAGGCUCACUUUACAGGGAACAGUUAUCUGGACCUGAAGCUGGAUGACCUCCCCGACCUCUCCAGCGCGUUCUACGCAGGCCUGGGUUUCCGCACGGCCCAGGAGAACGGACUCCUUCUCCAUCAUCAGGUUACGAAUGGAUUGCAUCAGGUGGUCUUGGAGGGUGGCAAGGUGAUCGUCACAGCUGGCAGUAAGCGGGUCCAGACUCAGAAGGCCUACAACGAUGAGAACAGUCACUACGUGACCUUCUACAGCAACGGAAACGGGCUGCGUGUGUACGUGGACGAUGUGCUGGAGACCGGCGGGACCAGUGAGGUGACCAGUACCAGCCGGGCGGCGCUGCAGCCAGGCGAGGUUUAUCUCGGCGGGACGCCUCUUCCCGGGGGGGUCGCCAACCUCACUGGCUGCCUGAACAACCUUUUCAUCAACAGGACGACGUCAACCCCAGCCGUGGUGGACCUGAUCUCAGCCAGCGAGAACAUCAACGUUCCACUGGAGUGUCCUGCUUCAGAGAAGCCCCAGCAGAUUCUGGCCUCGGUCCUGCGCCACAGACCUAAGAAGAAGCAGAAGAGGCCCAAACUAAGAGGUCGCUCGACCCGUGAGUCCUGCCAGGGGGAGCUGUCCGCCCAGGAGCCUGGCGCCUACCACUUCAGCGGCUCCCACAGCCACGCGAGUUUCGAGUCAGUGCCGGCCAACUUUAGUGUGACGCCCCACGUCGCCGCGGCCGUGCGCAUCGACUCGUCCAGUGGCCUGAUCUUCCACGCGGUGGCGAGGGGUGGAGAGGCGGCCGUCGUGCUGUCCGUGUCCGAGGGCCGCCUGAAGCUGCUGGUCGGCGGUGGGAAUAGGACCACGGCCGUCAUCACUGCCGGCGAAUAUGACGACGGCCGCUGGCACACAGUGUUCGUGAAGCUGGACGGGAGGAAGGCCAGUCUCGUCGUCGACGGGAUCGACAGCCAGAGGAAGAAGGUCUCGUUCUUUGGGGAGAAGACCCCGCUUGCCAGGCCGGUCUACGUCGGCGGUCUCCCCCCUGACCACAGAGCGGCACAGCCGGGCUUCGUGGGCUGCGUCAGGGAUCUGGAGCUGAAUAAGGUGCCACUAAGCCCCUCCCACAGCGCAGGGGUGGUGCCCUGUUACCUGGAGCCUCUGCAGCCUGGAGUCUACUUCCCCGGCCGUGGAGGUCACAUAGCUGUCGCCGAGCCUCUGAUGCUGGAUCAGGAGGUGAGGCUGGAGCUGGAGGUUCGGCCCGUGUCCGACUCCGGCCUGCUGCUCCACGCCGGGGCGAAGAGACAGCAGCUCAGCCUGUACCUCAGCCACGGUCGGGUCACCGCGGUCGUGAAGAGCGGCGGCAGAGAGUUCCCAGUCUCCCUAACACCGGAGGUCUCGCUAUGUGAUGGGAACUGGCACAACAUCGUUAUUGAGAAGACGUGUGGUGUGAUCACGCUACGUGUGGAUGCAUUAAGCGAACAUGGCAAGGGCCCCAGUGAGUGCAAACCCCACAAGGCCGUGACCCUGUAUCUAGGCAACAUGCCAGGUGUGGCGGGAGCGCCCAGCCCCCUGGCGCGCCUCCCUCCCUUUCACGGCUGCGUGAGGAACACCGUAGUGAACGGCAAGUCGGCCGUGCUGUCCAAGCCACUCUCCCUCUCCGGAGCUGUCGGGACUCAGGGAUGCCCUGCCAUGUAGUUCAGACUACAUUACCCACAAUCCCUAGCCCACAUAGACAAAACUAUAUAAAUCUACAGGUGGUGGUGGUUUUAUCUAUACAAUAGCUAAUUUAAACAGAUAUUUAUGUCGAUUUGUUAAACAUAUGUAAAGUUUCAAGAAUGGAAUUCCCACUGCUAAAAGGUGUGCUAGCGGAACUGUGCCAGUACUGUAAGCUACGUCUGCGAGAGCUGUGGUAGGACAGCGCCGUCAACAUUAAGACCUUAGUAAGACGUUUCUUGUAACCGGUGACCAAUCGUUUUACUGAUUAAAGAACGUGGCACGGCUUCCACGUUCACGGUGGCCCUCACCGUUCGUUCCCGUUAUAACUCAGUAUUCCUGAUGGGAAUAACCAGGACAUUAUGGGACCAUUCGUGGGCGAAACUCCGGGCGGAUCAAAGUUUAGACGCUGCAUUGAAACGUAAAAGAGCUGCAGCUCCUCCCCCCCCCCCAUCUCAUCAUGUCAACACCCUUUACAGAGUUCACUUUUAUAGUACAAAAGUCAACGUCGCUGGAGUUUAAAACUCAACACUAUUUUCUCACAUUUUUUAUCAAGUCCCCUAAAAGUAUAGUUGUAUUUUUAAUGGAGAAUAAAAGCUCUUUGAUACAA